ACACUUACUUCUUCUAGUCGGCCAUCGCCCCGCGACACGAUACCACAUUAAAAUAAAACACAAUAAAGAAAACAAUUUAAAAAAUAAACUCCCGUCAGUUUCCGCGCCCAAAUGCGCGUUCCACGUUCAAAUAGUGACGCGUAAUAAAGUGUUCGAUUCGCCAAAUUUUCGAAUUUAUUUUUUUAUACUUUUUUUUUAUUUCGAGCACGUGUUUCACAAGCAAUGAUAAGUGUUCUAAGUGCCUAAACAGUGUUGCUGGAACUUAGUUUGGUAAUUGUUCGCGCAAUGAAGUGACUCACGUCGUGUCGACCUGGUUCUUGGAUGUCAGACAUUAUCUCAAUUUACGGGAUUAAAUUUCGUAAUUACACGUCAGUUAGACCAUUCGCUAUAAAGCUAAAUUGUCCUGAAUUUUCCGCGCGCCGUCUCAUUAAAAUGUAACAGUUCAGUGUUCAUUCAGUUCCAAUAUAGUGGAACAUAAACAAAACGCGUUGAGACCUAAUUUGUGAGCAGUAACAAUAUAAUUGCUUUCACCGCGGUGUACCGUUGCAACAAUAGAUUGCAAAAAGGAAAUUAUUAUCAGCCGUCUAUCAGAUGCAAAUUAUUAUCACGCCACUUAUCUAGUCCCCUCUAGAUAGAGCGAGAAUGGUGAUAUUCCCGUCUCGUGCGGCACACUAACCCGAUCGAGCGUAAUAACAGAUUUUUCUUGUAGUUGGCGGUGGCGUAGUGAGUCAGAGUCGGCCGGUGGCGCGGACGAGGGCAAUUACGCUUUUUGCGCGAACAAUUUUCUAAAUUCAAAACAGAUAACGCGGCUCUGUCUAGAAAACGAAACGUAACGAUUUUUUUAUCGAUAUUUUCGAAUGUUGUCGGUUUUUUCGUGUGUUGUGUAUGUUGACUAGUGUUGUGAUAUGACGUGAUUGGUGUUUUAUCGAUUAUUUUUGAAAAUGGAGCGAAGUGUUUUGGCGGAGUCGAGGCACGUUCAGUGGGCAUCUGAACUGCACUCCGAGUACCGCAGCACGUACAAAUGGCACGAAUACAAGGAGCAGCAGCAACAGGGCGUGGUGAAGCAGCCGGCACCCACGCCGCCCUCCGCACUGCCCAUACAGAGAGGGCCAAUGGAGCCAGCGAUGCCUCGCCGCAAGAAGUACCCCGGAGUGGCGUACAAGACGAACGAGCUGUUCGACCCGGCGCCUGCUGACGACAUCAGACCGCAGCAGACGUCGGCCUUCGAUAGAGCCAGGAGUGCGCAAAGGAACGAUGCUGAUCGCGCUGGGCGCCGCAGCAAGUCGGAAGGUCCGCGCCAACCGCGCUGGACUGACACCGUGGAACCCAAGGCUACGACGGCGUUGGGAGAGGUGAUGGCAGCCAAGGAGCCGGAGAUAGUGAGCACGGAGUACCGCAACCAGUUCGCGUGGCCCAAGGACACCACUGAUGCCCCCAGGAAGAGCAUCUCCAUGGGAGCGCUGAAGAAGGCUGCCGUCGCUGAAGGUCUAGUUGAAGCUGAACCGCUCAUGAACCACGUGGAUGGUGAUCAUGAUGACCACAAGCGGUACAUCGAAGAUUACCUCUGGAACGGACAGAAACCAGGAGUACAGAGAAAAUCGACGUUCCGUAACGCGCUAUCGGCCCUCAUAUCCAACGGGGAGGAUCGUUCCAAAGAUAAUAGGAAACGUUACAAAAGCGAGUACAAAAAGAAAUUUAGACCGUUCUCUCAAUACGUGUACGAGGCGUCUAAAGGGACAUUUACGAAAUGCAGGGGGAAAGGGAAGGCAAAUGAGGAGGCGAGCGAGAGGAUGCUGGGGGAUGCAGGGCAGGGGGUGUCGGGGGCGAGUGCGGGGCAGGGGACUGGGGCGGGCGGGGUAGCGGGGGUCGGAGAUGCCGGGGAGGACAGCGCCAACACGCUGCGCGCGGCCGGCUUGCAGCCGCUCGGCCUGGCCCAGGGUGACUCCUGGUACCGAGAGGUGCUGGACCUGCGCAAGCGCGCCGGCGAGUACAAGUACCGCGGCUGGGGGACAGAAAUGGCGCCAGAACACAUCACACAGCUUUACAAUAAGCAGAUCGAACUCUGGUACCAAGUGUCCCGCCGAUCCUCGCUGUCGGCAUUAUCACUAGCUUCCACAAAUCACAAGGCACUGCCUCGCGACGAGAAAGAUGGAAAGGAAUCCAAGGGCCACUCGCCGAAGAAGUUCAGGUCCUUCAGGUCCGCCCCUCACCAGUCUAUCCACGCGAAGUUACAAGAGACGAAGGCGCUGGAACGCUCGCCUCAUAAGACUUCGCCUCAGAAGCAGAGGAAGAAGCUGCAGGGACAUAGCUUCGAUGAAGGUGCUACCCAGGACGGGGCGAAGGGAGAGAAUGCAGCCUUCAGGUCUCCCAGGCGGCGACCUCGCUCAGCUGACCCAGCACCUGCCGCAGCGCACGUGAAGCUCCUCGCCAAUGGGCACGAACCUCACCCAGCGCCCAUUAAACCUACUGGUUUGCAGUUGAGUAGAGGGAGUAGUAAUAGAGUUAGGUCGACAUCAAGGGGCGGGCGGUCGCCGUCAGCGCCGAGCAAAACUGGGGCUGGGGCUACGGGGGCAACCGGGGCUACAGGGGCAAAUGGGGCUCCGGGCCGAGGGCGCCGCAGCCGAAGUGUGUCAAAAGUCGGCAUAAAGUUGGAUGACGAGAUACCCUCGCACCGCAGCGCCUCCGUAGCGAAGGAUCAUUUCUUCGAUGACUCUCCUGUCGUGAAGUCGCCCCCUGAACCAACCAGGGUCAAGUCUCCGGAGCAAAUGAACAUGCGAUCUCCAGAUCCUGUCAACUGGACUGUCCCAUUGGACACCGGCAAGACGUUUACCGUCACCCAAAAUGUGAAAAGCGAUGAGAGCAUUAAGCGCCCUAGCUCUGAGUUUAAGGGUGGCUCCGUAGCCGAAGAAGCAACUGUGAAGCCGGCAGAAAUCGCUCCAAUACAUCACCAGCAAAUGUCGCCAAUACGUUCGCUGAAAAAGAGCGAAUCGCCGACCAGCCUGAGCAAGCGCACAGACAAGACCCCGACCACCCCGAUAAGCCUUACUCCCAUCGACGAGACCAAGGCUUUAGACAUGAACAAAGUCAACGGGAUCAAUGGAGUGAACGGAGUCAAUGGCGUCAACAGCAAUGAGCUUACCCCUGAAACCCCAACUCAGGAACCGAUUCAAGAGAAGGAACUGAUCAAGAAGUCGACUGAGGCCACCCAGAUAGCUCCUGGAGUGGUGGACACCAACGUGGUGAAUGAGGCCCCGGCCACCGGCGGUCUGACCGCCUCGGAGAUACUAGAUAGGGCCCGCACGAGGUUUGACAAGUUCUGGGGCAAAAAAGAAGAAGACAACGUUUAGUUGUUUCCAAGUUAGGUUCACUUUCCACUAGAAAUUGUGUCUUAAUGAAACUCUAAAACAUUUGUUUGUAUUAUUGCUAACUUUACUCUGCAAUAUGUAAUAAAAACACCAUGAUACAAAUAAAUGUUAAAUUAAACUGAAAAGCUUUAAAUUAACGACCUUAGCUAAAUAAUUCUAAAUUCAUAAAGACACAAUUUUUUUUGCUGGCAAAGUUGACAACUCAAUAAAAGUAGGGAAAAAUUAAACGCAAUGUUUAAAAACAGAUAAAAUAUGAAAAAAAGCUUCGCUUUAUAACGACGACUGUAAUAAUAUGUAUUUAAUAUAAUUUGAUAUUUAUUAUCAUAAAAUCACUGUCUAUUUAAUAGGAGUGUGGUGGCUUGUGAUAGUAGUAAUGAUGAUGACUAGUAACUAAUUAUUGUAUGUGUUUAUUAUUGAUAUUUAUUUAAUUAAUUUAUUGUAUUUAUAACGACGUAUGACAGAUUUUCGAUUAAAUACUUUUAGUAUAAGACCUAAGUAAUCUUGUUGAAACUUAAUCUCAUAUUACUAUUUCUUUCCGAUUCGCUGUCCUGUUUUACAUAAUGUAUUUUAAUGAAAUUGUUAAAGUGUAGGUAAAUAUUAAUUAAUGUUGAUCUUUAGUACAUAUUACCUGAGAUUAUUUUAUGUUAUUAUGUGAUUUCUACAGCUUAUAACGCUAGCUUAGCUCCUUUAAGCAAAAUAAUUUUAAUUUAUUAUACCUCAAACCAGUUACGUUCUAUUAUACAAAAUAUUUCGUUCGAAAAUUAAAUAGAAAUUAUUUUUGUCAAGUACACUACAGUUAAUUUCAUUUCUAAAUAGAAAUGCAAUUAAUAAGAUUUUAAUAAAUUACAAUAAACAAGGGCAAAGUAUACAAAACAUAUAAUUAAAAGCCGUCCAUGUAGUGUUUAUUGGCGAAAAUUAAUUUUAGUUGUCGAUACAGUUUUUGAAACACGAUAUUCUGAACGCAUUUUUUAAUAGUCAAUAAUAAAAAAAAAGUUUAGCCGAAUCUAUGAGCCAAUCACAUCACUUCUCAUAAAUGUCAUCAAUUUGGCGGGAAUAUAAACUUAAAAAAAAUUAAAGCAAAUAUUUAGCUAAAUUUUAAACAAAACCUUUAUAAAAUGGAAAUAUCACGUAAAUCCUGUCGCUUGUGUCUCACAGAGACGGAAUUCAACGUGUCUUUGUAUAGUAAUUACGGCAGAAGAACGAAUAUGGUAGACAAAAUUCUAGUCUGUCUGAAAAUAGUGAUUGAAGAGACCGAUAUUCUGAACACAAUUUGCUACAAAUGCGCCGAAAACGUAGAAAGGUAUUACGAUUUUGUUAUGUUUAUAAAGAAAUCACAAACAAAACUAGUCGAGCCGCAGCGUAAAAUGGAAAAUUCUGUCAAUCGUCGUUUGAUCGCGUCGUACGUGCGCGAACAAGUUUAUGACGCGGACUACACGUUCUCAUUUCUCGACAACGAAGAGAAGAAAGAGCCACGAUCAUCUAGUCCGUUCUUUUCCUAUUUUUCUCCACCAAACAUGUUAGUAAAACGUACUGGGGAGGAGCCUGUGUGGAAAACGCCAAAGCCGCGUAGAGAGAACUUAGAGAAACACGAAAUAAGACAAGAUGAGAAGUUGAAAAGACAAUAUAGGCCGGAGAGGCCCCGGCACCAUUCCAGAGACUUGUUCGAGUCUCAAUCUCAGGACGUAGAUGAAACUGACCUAAAGCCUCUAGACUGGAAAUUGACACCAGAUGAUAACAUUAUAAAAAGGGUUAGGGACAAAUGCUUUGGACGAUCUGAUUUUUAGAUGUUUAUGUUCAACCUAUAUUACACUUUAUCCUUCAUGAAAUUAAGUUGAUUUUAAUGUAGAACAACUAUGUAAUUGAAUGUUAUAAUAUUUCAUUAGGAGCCUAUGUUACUAGGUUUUGUGUAAAGAAAAUAUUCCAAUUGUGUGACUUCGUAGCCUGUCGUAAAUAUUUUUACAUUAAAAAUAUGUUAAAGACAGUAAGAAGUUUGAUAACUACAGAUUGGCUAACAUUCUUAGGAAGUUUUUUGAAAUUAUUCAAAACUUUUUGUAAAACAAGAUAAUUAUUAAAAUUGAAGUUCCUGGAUAUUUAAUGUAGCUGUACAUUGGUGUAUAAUAGAAUAUUCGAGAAGUGUAUAAUAGUUCCUUAGAGACAAUAGUUAAACUGGUAAUGUAAUUUAUGCCAAUAUAAUAAUAAUAAUAAAAGACCUUUUUACUUGCAGAAUAUACAAUCUCUUACAAUGUCAAUUGUUUACCUAUUACAACAUACACCAAACAUGUUAAUUUUCCUUAAAAAUGUUCAAAAAUAUUAUCUACUAAUUUUCAAAAAGUGUAAUAUAGGUUAUUUAUGUACCUAUACAUAUAAAUAACUGUUAUGUUUGUUAAUAAAUUAAUUUAUUCCAUAUUUUUUUGACAUUAAGAUUUUAUUGUUUUUAAUUAUUUGAGAGAGGGUACUAAGUUUGUAAUGGCCUGAUUUGAAGCUGAUUGUCAUUUUGAUGUUUAGCUAUUGUUUGAGCUGAGUAUGAUAUAACAAAUUAUUGUAACAAACCAUAGUUGAUUUGUAAAAACUACAAUAUAAGGGUGGUUUACACAUUUGGCAGGAAAAUAAGACAGUAUACACACUAUACACAGGUUCAAAACAUGUAAAUUAACUGUAAAAUGUAACAUAAAGUGCAUAAACUCAGCUCAAAGUAAAAUAAUUUCAAUCAUUCAAAAACUAAGGAUAUGAUACAGCAAAGAAUUGUCAUGGAAAUGAAAAACUACCGAUAGAAUUGAAAGCUCACGCAAAAUUGUAUGGAUUUGUAUGAAAACUAGUAAUUAUAGUGAGCAGCGUUUUGUAUGUAAUUGCGUAGAAAGAUAAUUAUUAUAAAACAAAUAAUUUUUAAUUUAGUUCCUAUCGAGUCCAUUCUCGCAUCCUUCCAUAAAUAUUUAAUAGUUUGUUCUAAAAAAUGUCGUUAUUUUUUAAUGGCUUUUUGCUCCUAUAAUGGGUAUUUGAGUACUUUGAAAAAAAAACAAACUAUAGACUAUAAGAUGUUUACAAUUUCUAUUAACUUGAACCAAAUAAGAAGCAAAACAAAUUCUUUUACAUAAAACAAAUAUUAAUUUAAGCAUGAACAACUAUAUUUUUAACUUUAAUUUAAUAAUUCUCUUUGAAACAUUUCAAAGUACUGAAUUACACAUAUAUGGGAAUACCAACAUAAAUGUACUUGUAUCUAGAAAUGUAUGUACCUUAAGUCUAACUGUCUAAUAAUGGUCUGGGAAUCCUGAUUCAGUUGUCUUUACACCUAUUUUUAACCGACUUUCCCAAAAAGUAGGAGGUUCUUAUGUCGUCGGUUUCUUUUAUUAGCCCCAAGUUGGGCGCCAAUUGUUUCAAAAAUUUGUUUUUAUAUAAGUUCCUAUAAAAUGUGUUAUUGUUUUCGCACAAAACGUUUCAUUUUCCUUCCGUGGUGAAUGUAAUGCCCUACCCUGUGACUUCUAGUGAUAAUACGCCCCUCAAUAGCAGAUAAUGAUUACAAAAUUUUAGCUUUGCUACGGGUUUAUAAUAGCGUGUGUUAAUUUUCAGUUGUUAACAUCAAAAUGGACACCUAAAUAAAAACUUGAAAAUGUU